AUGGAAAGUUUGAGAGAUACAAUAAAAGAAGGAAACAAAGAAUUCCUGCACAGUCAUGUAAAAACACCAAUCUUCCUUCAUCAUUAUCUUCGUGAUGGAUUAAAAAUUGAAUCUCUUACUAAGAAAGCUCCACAAAUUUAUUGGAAAAAACUAACUGAAAUAUUCGAUAAUCAGAGGACUAUAGUCCUCCUCAAAGCUUGCUACGAGUGGCUGCACCUUGAAGACUUCAAAACUCAAUAUCGUGAGCGUGAUUUCAAAAGGUACUCAGAACUCAUAUCUUGCCAACUUGUGGCUAAACAAAAUAAUGAACUAUUGAUGAAAAAUCGUAGAUUAUGUCUAACUAGGUCUGUACCAUUACUUGAAGCAAAUGCAAUAUCAAGACAAAAACGUAGACAUGGACAUACACGUGGAUGUGAACAUGGAUUUGGACGUAGACGUGAACUUGCACAUGAAAUAAGUUAUGGACAAAAUAAUGAAUAA